AUGCGAUUCCUACUCAUCCUACCUCUCGUCACAGCGGCCACCGCUUGUUUGCAUGACCGCACGCUGGCCCGCCGUGCCGCGCAAGCAGGGACUCCGAGCUUUGGAUACUCCGGCGCGCAGGGCCCAUUGAACUGGUACGGUCUCGAUCCGCAGACGAAUGCCGCCUGUGACCUGGGAAAGCAGCAGUCCCCCAUCGCGAUCGACUCCACGACCAUCCGCCCCAUUGACCCCGGCUCCGUGAGUUUCGACAUCCCCAGCGCCGAGCAUGUCGAGUUCGAGAACCUUGGAUACACGCUGGAGGUCAUUCUCCCCAACGGGACCCUGACGGUCCAGGACAAGCAGUACACGCUGGCUCAGUUCCACUUUCACACCCCUUCAGAGCACCGCAUUGAUGAGGAGCACUUCCCCUUAGAGGUGCACUUUGUGUGGACAGAUGAGACACACGGAAUCGCCGUCGUCGGCUUCGUCUUCCAGCUUUCCGACGCCGGAGACUGCGACUCUCUUUUCAACUCUGUCUUCGCACACGUCGAGUCGAUCAGUGAGCCGGGAUCCGCGACGGAGAUCGAGUCCCUGGUCUUUGAUGGCCUGGCCAAGCACUUCGAGAGUCAUGAUGUCUUUACCUACGGCGGUUCGCUGACCACCCCGCCCUGUAGCGAGGGGGUGUCGUGGUUCGUCAGUGCGGAGCCCCUGGCGUUGGACGUACACAGCUACAACCAAGUCAAGCGGGUGAUCCGGUUCAACUCGCGCUAUACGCAAAAUGUGCCCGGAGAUGAGAAUCUGUUGGAAAUGGCAGCGAGGGAGUUGAAUGGGCUGUGA